AUGGAUCACGGCAGUGCUCACGGCGGUGCGGCACACGAUCCGUGCCGGCGUGGACGAGUCCUGCUCGCUGGGCCACGUGCUGGCCCGCAUGGAGCCCCAUCUCGAGGAGAUCCAGGCGGCGCUCCCGAUCCGCACGCCGUGAGCCGAGCUCGCCGCCGCCGGGCCCCAUACCGACCACGCCGUGGGCCUUGCCGCGACCUCGACAGUGGGCUCCUGGACGCCGUCCUCGAUGUCCUCGAGGCCGAGUUCAGCCGCCUCCUCGCCGACCACUCCAUAUCGCUCGCGAUGUCAGCAACUCUCCCCGCCGCUCGUCUAAGGAGUAAGAGGAUGAAUGGAAAGAUUGGUGAGAGAGAUGGGGUGAAAGGUGACGGUGAGAAAGGAGAUGGGCUCGGCGUCGGCCCUUUCACAGGAACGUGA